ACAAGUUAGACUCUUGAUAAACACAUCAAAGUCCUUGCAAUUACAUGAACACAUGAAAACUAGUAUCAGAAACCACUUGAUCUCCCAGUCUCUGCUACUCUUGUUAUCUUACACUACUUGUACUCCCAAAGCUAUUGAGAUUCUGUUACCAGGCCAAUCUCUCAAUGGGGACCAGAGGAUCACCUCUCCUGGUGGCAUUUUUGAACUUGGUUUUUUCACACCAGGUAACUCUCAAAACCAUUACAUAGGCAUCUGGUACAAAAAUCUACCCAAUCAAACAGUUGUUUGGGUGGCAAACAGAGACCAACCUGUUUCUGAUCCUAUUUCUUCAACAUUUCUACUCCAUAAAAAUGGAAACUUGACCUUAAACAGCCCCUCAACAGUGGCGAUAUGGUCAACAAAUUCAACGUCACAGGUUAGAAAUUCUACUAUAGCCAUGCUUCUUGACGAUGGCAACUUUGUCAUAAGAGAUGCAUCUGCAGUACUAUGGCAGAGUUUCGAUCAUCCAACCAAUACUUGGCUGCCAGGUGCAAGGCUUGGAUAUAACAAGCUUACCAAGCAAAUCCUAAGUAUUACCCCCUGGAGAAAUCCGCAAUAUCCAGCACCUGGUCCCUUUUCUUUUGAGCUAGAACAAACAAGUCUUCGGCUAUUAUGGAAUAGUUCGGAAACUUACUGGACCAGCGGUAAUUGGACAGGUAAAACUUUCAGCCAUCUUCAAGACAUAGAAGAGAAGCAUGUUCCCUCAAUUUUCUCAUUUGUUGUAAAUGAGACUGGAAGCUACCUUAGUUAUGCAGUUCGUGCUUCUGCCUACCCUGAUCCCUUUAUUAGGAAUCAUACCUUUAUUAGGUACAUGAUAGAAACCACUGGUCAAAUGAAGUUCUUUGUCAUGGAGAACGGCUCCCUGCAAUGGAAUUUGCUAUGGAUGGAUCCAAUGGAACGAUGUGAUGUUUAUGCUUCCUGUGGUGCAUUUAGUAUAUGCAACCCACGUAAUCUUCCUCGGUGUGGCUGUCUAAAAGGAUUCGAACCCAAAUUCCAUAAAGACUGGGAAUUAGAAGAUCACUCAAAUGGCUGUGGGAGGAAAACUUCUUUUCAUUGCAGUGGUGAGGGGAAUUCUGCAUUCCUGGUGAUGAAGAAUGUUACUUACCCGAAGAGUCCUGACUCCUUGGUAGUUGAUAACAUUGACAAAUGUAGAUUAACUUGCUUGAGAAAUUGCUCAUGCACUGCUUUUGCUUAUGAUAAUCAGUGUCUGAUUUGGGGGGGUAAUCUGUUUAAUGUAAAGCAACUAUCAUCUGAUGGAAUGAUUGGAAAAGUUUGGUAUCUACGAGUAGCAGCGUCUGAGAAGGAAAUAAUAGAUUCUACAGCUGGGAAUACAAAGAGAAAGACUACUUGGAUUGUGAUUGGAGUACUAGCAGGAAUCUUUACUCUCUUUAGCAUUGUGUUGGUAGUUGUCAGACGGAGACAGUCUGUUCGAGCAUUGAAGUCUUUUGAACAUUCUCUAGUGCUAUUCAACUACAGAGAUUUAAAAAAAGCAACAGAAAACUUCUCAGAGAAACUUGGAGAAGGAGCUUUUGGUUCUGUUUUCAAGGGGAUAUUGCCUAAUUCAACUCCCAUAGCAGUGAAACAACUAAAGAGUCUGUUGCAGGGUGAAAAGCAAUUCCAGGCUGAAGUGAGAACUCUUGGUGCAAUCCAACACAUUAAUCUUCUUCGCCUCCGUGGGUUUUGUGCAGAUUCUACAAGAAGACUCUUAGUUUAUGACUACAUGCCAAAUGGCUCUCUACAAUCUGUUCUAGUUCAAAACCAUCCACUAAUCUUAGAUUGGAAUGCAAGAUAUCAUAUUGCCAUAGGCAUUGCAAGAGGAUUGGCUUACCUCCAUGAGGACUGUAGAGAUUGUAUAAUACACUGUGACAUUAAGCCAGAGAACAUUUUGUUGGAUGAAGAAUAUAAUCCAAAAGUUGGAGAUUUUGGUCUUGCAAAACUCAUUGGCAGACACCAUAGUCGAGUUCUGACAAGCAUGAGAGGAACUGUUGGAUAUCUAGCACCAGAAUGGUUUACAGGUGAAGCCAUCACACCAAAAGCGGAUGUCUUCAGCUAUGGAAAGUUGCUGUUUGAGGUUAUAUCUGGAAGGAGAAACAGUGAAGGGUUAGAUGAUGGAUUAGAAAACUACACUCCUAACCAGGUUGCGAAUGCAGUAACUAAAGGACAAGAUGUUCUUACCUUGGUUGAUUACAGGUUGGGAGGUAAUGCUGACAAGGAUGAGCUCAUUAGAGCAUGCAAAGUUGCGUGUUGGUGUAUUCAAGAUGUGGAGAAGGAUAGGCCAACAAUGAGGCAGGUUGUUCAAAUUCUCGAAGGAGCUUUAGAUGUUGGUAUACCCCCGAUCCCACAGUUUCUCCAGUACCUUUCCGGAAGUUUAACGGAAGCAAUCAAUUACCGAGAACCUACUUCAAGUUCAGAAAUCAUUUUCCUAAGCUGAUGUGUGGCUUUGAAGCUUAGCAACUGGUCAAUGGAAAACUAAAAAGCAUACACAAUUCCUGAACAAAAAUCAGUAACCUUUUCUUGUUGUUUGCAUUAGGAGUGCAUUCCCUUUGCAUUGUCAGUAGUUGGACAA